AUGACAGGACGGUCGCCUCAGCAGUCAGAGCUUCCCGAAGCUCUGCCAGUACCCGAUGCGCCCAGCGACAGCUCUACGGCAGCCAACGAGACGGAAGACAGAGACAUUGCGCAGUCCCUCUCUACAGGAUCGUUGAAGGAUAAGAAGUCUGAGGACAAGCAGACUGAAAGGGCGGAGAAGAGUGUUGAGGGGGGUGCGACUGGGAAAGAUGGCGGUGACGAAGAUGGCAAGCCAAGCGCCAAGGUAGAGGGCAAGGAGGACGAUGAAGAGGAAGAAGAUGGGGAUGACGAAGAAGAGGACGAUGAAGAAGAAGAGGGGGAAGACGACGAUGAUGACGAAGAAGAAGAAGAGGAGGAGGAGGAGGAGGAGGAGGAGGAGGAGGAGGAGGAGGAGGAGGAAGACGAUGAGGAACCACUGUUGAAAUCAACGAGACUGACCCAACACCUCGGCGCAGUCUAUCGCAAUGGCGACGCGACCAGCGCUUGUCUAGUCGCGGGCGACAAGAUGAUUGUCGGUACGCAUAAUGGCAACAUCCACGUCAUCCAAUUGCCUGGAUUCAACACUCUACGAGUAUAUCAUGCGCACUCAGCUUCCGUCACUAGCAUAUCGAUAUCACCGUAUCCUCCCCCCCUUCCAGACGAAAAAGCCGAGAUGAUACAACGAGCACAGACCGGUUUAGUUGGGCCACCAGCAAGACCAUCUGAAAGUUCUCCCUCAGCGGCAACGAAGAGGAUGAGGGAGAUUCCCCAAGUGCCUAAAAUACCUUCGAAUGACAUCUAUAUUGCUACAUCAUCGAUGGACGGUAAUGUUUGUGUGCAGUCCUUAGUCGACCUGAAAGAUGUUCAACUUCGAAACUUUGCCAGACCCGUACAAGCAGUCGCUUUAUCACCAGACUACAAGUCAGAUCGAACAUAUUUAUCGGGCGGGCGGGCAGGACAACUCAUUCUCACUGUAGGCGGUGGCCCAGGUCGAAGUACCUCCACUACGGUUGGCACUGCGGCUGCUGUGGCAUCUGACUGGCUUUCUACAAUAGGCGUCAAGAAUAGUGGCGGAAAAGAUACGGUGCUUCAUUCUGGUGAGGGAACGAUUAAUACUAUCAAAUGGUCUCUCUCAGGAAAAUACGUUGCAUGGCUCAAUGAACAUGGAACCAAGAUUAUGAGAUCCAAGCUUCAUCUCGAUAACACGGAGAUUGAAGACGCUUGGAAAAGGAUUGGUCACGUUGACCGACCACAUACCAGCGAAUGGGAGACGAUGGCUGGCGUUUGGAAAGGUCGCGCCGAGUGGAUAGAUGAGAAGUCGGUCGAAAGUGAUGAGUCGGAGGACUCUCACGAUGCCGCUACUGCUUCUUCACCUACCGUGUCAAGCGCAAAGACUUUUGAAAGGCUUCUUGUUGGCUGGGGAGGAACAAUGUGGAUUAUUCAUGUCCACCCAGGAGGCAUCGGCCAUGGUAAGCAGGCUGGCGAAAAAACCAUUGCGCGUGCCGAAAUAGCCAAGAUUCUUCAUAUAGAUUGCAUCAUUUCUGGAAUCUCUCUGUACGCCCAGAAUCAAUUGCUAGUAUUAGCAUUCAGCUCUCCAGAAGAUGAAGAUAUUGAGCAACAGCAUAGCCAACGACAACGCUUGAACGCUCUGCCUCCCGAGCUGAGGCUAAUUGAUCUCAAGUCUCAAGCUGAGGUAGAUCGGCACAGUCUCUCCAUUAAUCGUGUUGAUAGGCUUUCUGCUGCUGACUAUCACAUGUGUCUCCUACCUGCGCGGAAUGCCGCCUCCGUAGUGGCAUCAACGAAAAGCGCUUUAGAGGCACUUGCCGGUAUCGGUCCCUACGACUGCGUUCUGGCCACCAAGAGAGAUCUUUCUGAUCAUCUCACGUGGCUGUUGGAGCGUGAGCAGUACCGACAAGCGUGGGAACUUCUCGACGAAAACCCUGAAAUUUUGGCCGAGUCAUUCGAUGGCAUCAACGAUCCAGCGAUGCCUCCUACGCCAUCCAAACACCCGGGCGGAGCCGAUGAUUUCUUUGACGACGAGUCCGUGGCAGACACUACUCAAAGAAACAUGUACUCGGCUGUGGAAAAGGAGAAGAGGCGAGUUGGUGAGCUGUGGAUCCGGGAAGUGAUUGAUGACGGCGACUGGGAGAUGGCUGGCCAAGUCUGUGGCAAGGUUCUCACGACUCCCGAUCGCUGGGAGAAAUGGGUUUGGACCUUUGCAGGUGCCAACAAGUUUGACGAAAUCACGAAACACAUGCCAACAAAGCCUAUGAAGCCGCCAUUGCCAACGACCAUAUAUGAGGUGCUUUUGGGACAUUAUAUACAAAAUAACAAGCCUCGGUUCAGAGAAUUAUUAGAGCUAUGGCCAACCGAUCUUUUCGAUAUCCCUGCUAUUACAACGACGUUGGAGAAUCAGCUCAAAUAUCGCGAUGUUCGUGAGAACAGUGUCGAAGAUGGCGAAAGAGGUCGGGAUUGGAAAAUCGUCGUAGAAAGCUUGGCCAAGCUGUACGAAGCUGGUGGCCGACAUCGUGAUGCGCUCAGAUGCUAUAUCAGACUUCAAGACGCAGACUCAGCAUUCCGGCUGAUCGGUGACUACCACCUUGCGGACGCCGUAGCAGACGACAUUCCUGCAUUCAUCGGACUACGUGUCUCCCCCGAACGACUCAAGUAUAUGGACGAGCAUCAACUGGUUGCAGCAACCGCCGAAGCCAUUACUCUGCUGGUUGAUGAGGCUCAACAUGGCCUUGUGCGGCCUGAAGUUGUCGUAGAGCAGCUGCAAGCAAGAAAUCUCCAGUUAUACCUGUUUUUCUACCUGCGUGGAUUAUGGAAGGGCCAAGGAAUCGCAGAGCACAUGGGAGAGAAUCUCGAACGGCUGAUCCUGGACAGUCAAUCUUUAGUGGAUAACUUUGCGGAUCUGGCCGUUCGCCUAUUUGCCACCUAUGAUAGACCGCUGCUCAUGGAAUUUUUGAAGACGUCGACCUCUUAUGGAUUCGAAAAGGCCGUCCAAGAGUGCGAACAGCACUCAUACUACGAUGAGUUGAUAUAUCUUUAUUCCAAGACUGGUCAAAUGAAGCGCGCACUGUACCUCAUCAUAGACCGGUUAAACGAUGUCAACAAGGCAAUAGAUUUCGCGAAGGAGCAGGACGAUCCUGAUUUGUGGGAAGACUUGCUAAACUAUAGCAUGGAUAAGCCGAGCUUCAUUCGUGCGCUCCUUGAGCAAGUUGGUACGACCAUAAAUCCAAUAACUUUGGUUCGACGAAUACCGGAGGGUCUCGAAAUUCAAGGUCUAAGAGAAGGACUUAUCCAUAUGAUGAAGGAGCAUGAACUUCAGCACAGCAUUAGUUGGGGAGUAGCGACAGUUUUACGAAGUGAAGUUGCGACAGCUCAGAAUGAGCUUCGAACAGGCCAACGGAAGGGCAUCAAAUUCGAAGUCCUUUCGACUGACGAGGAAGAAACUGCCGAGGAUGAAAAGUCUGAAGGCGUCCCGAAGCCUGGGCAAUGCGCAAAAUGUCUCGAGACAUUCACAGAGUACGAGAUGGAAGCAUUAAUGGGAUUUGUGUGCGGGCAUGCGUUCCACGUAAGCCAUUUGCUUGAAAUGCUACACAAAGGCAAACAAAACGAUAUUGAUCUUGGAAAUGGGCCAGAAGAGGGAAGUCGCUAUUCCGUUGGUAUGAAGGUCAUGAAGGCGAGGUUGUUGAGGGACAAGGUGAGAGGGGGUUGUCCAAUUUGCCACCCAACCGAAGCUUAG